AGUGUGCUUUGUGCUAUUCGGGUAAGAACCACUUCGCAAGAUGUUUUCUCUGGUUUGAAUUUUUAUGAGGUUAUGACAAAACUAAGAAAUCAUAACACCGGUGUAACUGAUUUAAAAAGUCAAGUGAUUUUCAAAGUAAACGUGAUAUAAAUAUAACACGAUGACUAUAUUAUUGGUACUUAGACAACGAAUGUGUGGUAAUAGAUUACCUGGACUGUCAUCAAAAUUUUUGAAUGUUCGGCUUAUGUCAUCUUACAAAAAGUAUGCAGAGCAUAAAAGUUUGGAAAAGAUUCGUAAUAUAGGAAUUUCCGCUCAUAUAGAUUCUGGGAAAACAACAUUAACAGAGCGAAUCUUGUUUUAUACUGGGAGAAUAUCGGAAAUGCACGAGGUAAAAGGUAAAGAUAAUGUUGGAGCUGUGAUGGACAGUAUGGAACUAGAGAGACAACGUGGCAUAACUAUUCAAUCAGCUGCAACUUAUACAAUUUGGAAAGAUCAUAAUAUUAAUAUAAUCGACACUCCUGGUCAUGUCGAUUUUACAGUUGAAGUUGAAAGAGCAUUGAGAGUUUUAGAUGGCGCAAUUUUAGUUUUAUGUGCUGUCGGUGGGGUUCAAUCACAAACUCUCACUGUAAAUCGUCAAAUGAAACGUUACAAUGUACCAUGUUUAGCAUUUAUUAAUAAGCUUGACCGCAUGGGAGCGAAUCCAAAUCGAAUAUUAGAACAAAUGCGAAGUAAAAUGAAUCAUAAUGCAGCUUUUAUUCAACUUCCUAUUGGUUUAGAAUCUGAAUGUCAAGGAUUAAUUGAUUUAGUUACACAAAAAGCUAUUUAUUUUAAUGGUAAUUAUGGGGAAAUUAUCAGAGAAGAGGAAAUCCCGAAAACAAUGGAAGCUGAAGCUCACGACAGACGUCAAGAACUCAUUGAACAAGUCAGCAAUGUUGAUGAGACACUGGGUGAAUUAUUCUUGAAUGAAAGUACAAUAACUGUAGAUGAUAUAAAGAACGCGAUCAGGCGAUGUUGUUUAAAAAGAAGUUUUACUCCCGUAUUAGUCGGUACAGCUUUGAAAAAUAAAGGCAUUCAACCAUUAUUGAAUGCUGUUUUAGAUUAUUUACCACAUCCAGGCGAGAUUACUAACUAUGCAUUGAAAGAAACAGGAUCUGAACAAAAAAAAAUCGUUCUCAAGUCCGAUCGAAACGGCGAUCAUCCAUUUGUAGGAUUAGCUUUUAAACUAGAACUUGGAAAAUUUGGUCAGCUGACAUAUUUUCGCUGUUAUCAAGGAAUGUUACAAAAAGGGGAUAAUAUUUACAAUACUCGAAGUCAUAAAAAGGUUAGAAUAGCUCGGUUAGUUCGUCUACAUUCUAAUCAAAUGGAAGAUGUAGAUACCGUGUAUGCUGGAGAUAUUUUCGCACUUUUUGGCAUUGAUUGUGCAUCAGGUGACACAUUUGUGAAUCAACCAAAAUUGGAAAUAUCAAUGGAAUCCAUUCACGUACCAGAUCCCGUUAUUUCAAUGUCGAUCCAACCUAAAAAUUCAAAAGAUCGAGAUAAUUUUUCAAAAGGCAUAGCAAGAUUCACUAAAGAAGAUCCAACAUUCCGUUUCUUUUGGGAUCCUGACAAUAAGGAAAGUAUAGUUUCAGGCAUGGGUGAAUUACAUUUAGAGAUUUACGCCCAGCGUUUGGAACGUGAAUAUAACUGUCCAGUUGUUCUCGGUAAACCAAAAGUUUCUUUUCGAGAAACUCUCAUUACGCCAUGCGAAUUUGAUUACUUGCACAAAAAGCAGUCUGGAGGAGCCGGACAAUUUGGAAGAGUCAUUGGAAUCAUUGAACCAUUACCUCCACAUCAAAAUACUCAAAUUUUAUUCUCAGAUGAAACGGUUGGUACGAACGUUCCAAAGCAAUAUGUUCCUGGAAUUGAAAAAGGCUUUAGAAUAAUGUGUGAAAAAGGUUUAUUAACGGGACAUAGAAUUGCCGGCAUUAAAAUGAGGCUUUUGGAUGGUGCACACCACAUAGUUGAUUCGUCAGAAUAUGCCUUUCAACUAGCAGCACAAGGGGCUGUUCGACAAGUUUUUGAAAAUGGAUCUUGGCAAGUACUUGAACCCAUUAUGGCAGUUGAAAUUACAGCACCUGAUGAAUUUCAAGGCACAGUUAUGGGUCAAGUAAGUAAACGUAAAGGGGUCAUUACUGGGUCGGAGAAUAGUGAAGGAUGGGUAACUAUUUAUGCUGAAGUACCUCUCAAUGAAAUGUUUGGUUACUCUGGGGAUCUUCGGUCUUCGACUCAAGGAAAAGGAGAAUUUACAAUGGAAUAUAGUCGAUACAGUCCAUGCCUACCUGAAAUUCAAGAAAAAUUAGUACGGGAAUAUCAGGAAUCAUCGUUACAGAAUCAACAACAACAAAAGAAAAAAAAUUAAUUUAAGUUAGGAUAAUAGUUUCAAAAUAUUAAUUAUAAGUAUUCACCAUAAACUAAAAAAAAAUUGUUACUAUUGUGCCCAUACAAUUCAUCAUAUGUUUUUUAAUAUAAGAAAUUAACCGUUAAUGUUUUUGUAUUGUUAAUAUAAACAAAGUAAAACAGA